ACACACACACACACACACACACACUCUCUUUCCCUUUUACACACACUUCCUCAAACACACCGUGUGUUCUGUUCUCCGAUCAGUAGCACACUUUAACUUUGUUAACUACAAGGUCGGACUACUUGACGAAGAUUUCUUGGUCGUUUCCCGGAGGUGUGUGUGUUCACCAUGGCUCCGUUCCUGCGGAUCGCCUUCAACGAUUUUAAUUUGGGAAGCCUUCCUCCUUUGACCGAUGCGCCGUUCUGUGCCAUCAAGAUGAAAGAGUCUCUCAGCACGGAGCGGGGAAAGACUCUCGUCCAGAGGAAGCCCACCAUGUACCCAGCGUGGAAGUCCACCUUCGACGCUCAUAUCUACGAAGGCCGCGUGAUCCAGGUUGUCCUGAUGAAGACGGCUGAGGAACCUCUCUCCGAGGCCACCGUGGGCGUGUCGGUCCUCGCCGAGCGCUGCAAAAAGGGCAACGGCCGAGCAGAAUUCUGGGUCGACCUCCAGCCCUCUGGGAAGGUCAUGAUGUCUGUGCAGUUCUUUCUUGAAGAUAAUGACUUAGAGAGCAAGGCAUCAACCAGGGAGAAAGAGGACGACACGAUUUUAACACUGAAUCGUAGAAGAGGAGCCAUCAAACAGGCCAAGGUCCACUGCAUCAAAAACCACGAGUUCCUCGCCACCUUCUUCAAACAGCCGACGUUCUGCUCCGUCUGCCGGGAGUUCGUCUGGGGGCUCAACAAACAGGGCUACAAAUGCAGACAGUGCAAUGCGGCCAUUCACAAGAAGUGCAUUGAUAAGAUCAUCGGGAGAUGCACAGGAACAGCAGCCAACAGCCGAGACACUGUGUUUCAGAAAGAGCGCUUCAAGAUUGACAUGCCACAUCGCUUCAAGACGCACAACUACAUGAGUCCUACCUUCUGCGAUCACUGCGGAAGUCUGCUUUGGGGAAUGGUCAAGCAGGGCCUCAAAUGUGAAGACUGUGCAAUGAACGUCCACCACAAAUGCCAGACAAAAGUAGCCAACCUCUGUGGUAUAAACCAGAAACUUCUUGCCGAAGCUCUGACUCAAGUUAGCAUAAAAUCCUCCACAAAGCGCCCUGAUCCCUCUCUAUCAGACAUCGGCAUCUAUCAGGAUGUACCCAAACGUGUGCCGUUGGAUCCUAAUGCAGAUAGCACUGCUUAUGACAAGCUGUGGGAUGGUCACACUCCCACACCUGCCCCUGUUCCACACCAAAUCCAUUCCAUACGCCUCACCAUUGACCAGUUUGAGUUCCACAAAGUGUUGGGUAAAGGCAGUUUCGGCAAGGUGCUGCUGGCAGAGCUGAAGGGCCGCGGCGAGUUCUUUGCGGUGAAGGCGCUGAAGAAGGACGUGGUGCUAAUGGACGACGACGUGGAGUGCACCAUGGUGGAGAAGAGGGUGCUAGCGUUAGCCUGGGAAAACCCCUUCCUCACUCACCUCUACGCUACCAUUCAGACCAAGGAGCACUUAUUCUUCGUGAUGGAGUAUCUAAAUGGAGGAGAUUUGAUGUUUCACAUUCAGGAUAAAGGCAGAUUUGAUCUUUACAGAGCUACGUUUUAUGCUGCUGAAAUUAUUUGUGGCCUGCAGUUCCUUCAUUCCAAAGGCAUAAUUUACAGGGACUUGAAGCUGGAUAAUGUGAUGUUGGACAGAGACGGUCACAUUAAGAUCGCAGACUUUGGCAUGUGUAAGGAGAACGUGUUUGGAGAAAAUCGUGCCACUACUUUCUGUGGAACGCCUGAUUACAUCGCACCAGAGAUUUUACUCGGGCAGAAAUACACAUUCUCUGUGGACUGGUGGUCAUUCGGAGUGCUGGUUUAUGAGAUGCUGAUUGGCCAGUCACCGUUCCAAGGUGAUGACGAGGACGAGCUGUUCGAGUCUAUCAGAAUGGAAACGCCUCACUACCCACGCUGGAUCACCAAGGAGUCCAAGGACCUGCUGGAGAAGUUAUUCGAACGGGACCCUACCCGCCGGCUUGGCGUCAUCGGGAACAUUCGUGGGCAUGCCUUCUUCAAGACAAUCAACUGGCCUGUGCUUGAGAAACGAGAGGUCUCACCCCCGUUCAAGCCUAAAGUGAAAUCCCCCAACGACUGCAGCAACUUCGACCGGGAGUUCCUGAGCGAGAAGCCCCGCCUCUCGCACAGCGACAAGAACCUGAUAGACUCCAUGGACCAGUCUGCGUUCGCCGGCUUCUCGUUCGUCAACCCCAAGUUGGAGACCAUUAUGGAGAAAUAAAACACACUUCAUCAUUGCUAUAACUGAGACACACACACACACAUUCGUACUCAGAGGGCACUGGAGCUCUCUGGGUCCAUCCAGUGUUAGACAGAGCCACCCUCUGCAUGGUCUCAAUCACAAAUCCUCCCAUUUCUUUGACCUGCACUCUGCCCAAGCUUGCUCUUCUGCCCAUAGUGUGAAUGAAGUGCAGAAACAGAACCUGCUCACAAAUAAAUGCCACUGCACCCCCUAGGGACCAAGUACUGAAAAUGGUUAUGGUUCUUUCUUUGUUUUUUAUUAUUAUUUCUCAUGAUCAAACCUUGCAAUCGAAUGAACUGUAUCUGACGUACUGUAUUUUGAUGUUGUAAUAUAAGAAAAUGAGCAAAUACUUCAUCUGCAGGUAAAUUUGUUGACACACAGAAAAACUCCCACUUACAACUUGGAAAUCCUGACGUAAUCCGCAUGCUAGUCUUGUCUGGACUGGGAAUUUUCUAGUGCUACUUUGGGUUUCAAUUGCCAGUCAUUUUCCUCACUCAUUAGCAGUGUUGGUCUUAUUGUUUUGGUUUGUUUUUCUCUAGUGUUGUCCUUUUUUUUUUUAACACCUUUGCUUUUACACCAGGUUAACACAUGAUGCAGGAGUGCUGGAUUCAUUUAGUAAUUUGAGAUUUUACAGAUCACCUU